GCCGACAUUUUCCGUGGGGUCACUGGAAAUGUUGUUGCCGCAGCGGUUUAAAGAGGCGGCGAGUCAACAUCCAGCUUGGGGGGUCAUGAGCAAUCCCUUCGUCGAAGGGAGUUUAUUGCCAGGAGGAAAAGAGGGCCAGCGCGAAGCUUUGAAGUCAGCAUACGCACGCGCAAUAGCGUCAUUUAAGACUAGAGUCGCGCCAUUCGUCACGCAAGACCUGCUCGUCGCAAGCGUCAAGGCGAAGGCGGAAGGGGAGGCGGAAGUCAUUGGCGAGGCGCAACUCGCCUUCGAGGACAACAUUCGCCCUUUGAAGUGGGAUGCCGAACGCAAAGAGUUCGACCAAAUCAAGAAGGCCUUGUGCAAUAGUCUCUCGAACAUGACGAAUUCGUAUAGAAUCUGCGGAGUGACGCCCUAGCUGUGGAAGGGUCGAGCCCUUGCCUUUGUUUUUUCCCGAUAAUUUUCAUCACAUUCAAGAAGACUGAUGCUUUGUUUUCCCGAAUAGUCACAUGAUCGUCCAGAGAACCUAAGCCAUCAUAUAUUCACCCAAAGUUUUACGUGUGUUAACUUUUUUCGUCUCAAUCAGUCUAACGGUGGAAGUGAUACAACGCAG